UGAGUAUUGUCAGGUUUUAGAAACCAUAGAACAUAUACUUAUGAGUUGCAAGGAGUAUGAAGAACAAAGGGGUAAAAUCAUGGAAGAACUAAGAAAAGUUGAUCUGUCAGGGACAGGUAGCCUAUAAAAGAUGUACUGUGAAGUGAUGUGAGUGGACAAGGCAGAAGAAAUAUUUGUAAUUUAUUAAUUAGAACGGAUGUGAUGAGGAGGAAAAUAAACUGGAAUAACACUGCAGGAACAUAAACCGGAAGAUGGCGGUAAUGCAACGAAUUUAAACCGCUAACCGCAAAGAAGAGGAGGAAGAAGAAAAAGAAGAAGUGAAAUAAUUCCACUUUGUUUUGAGUCAUGUAGUCAGUCUGCUAUUAUAUAGCAAAUACUUACGUAUUCUUUUUUUAUCAGUAUAUAAAUAUUCUUGUACAUUAAUCACUCUGUUCCCCUUUAGCGAGGUUUGUUAACAAUCGUCGCUGUCGCUCGAGUGGAUGUAGUUCAGAAACAUAUGAGUAUUAAUGACAAUAAAACUAUCCAUCGAAAUCAGAUUUUUUUUGGAAUCUUCAACAUUAUGAAGAGCACUCUCGAAAUCGUUCUGUUUUUGCUAAUAAUGUGUGGAGUGUUUUGUGCUGAAACAGAUGAAGUGAAGUCAGUGUCAGUGAUGGAGGGAGAUGCUGUGACUCUAAACCCUGAUCUUACUCAAAUAAAGGGGAUUGUCCUGCUGUUGUGGAGGUUUGGAGAUAAAGGUUCCACCGUUGCUCAGAUUGACGGAAAUGAAAUCUUAUACGAAGACGAUGAGAUAUUUAUAGACAGACUGCAGCUGGAUCAGUCGGGAUCUCUCACCAUCAAGAACACCAGAACCAAACACACUGGACUUUAUGAAGCAGAAAUCAGCCACAACAAUGGAACCUCAUAUAUUAAGUUCAGUGUUACUGUCUAUGAGUCUCCACCUGAAGAUUCCUAUAGAGCUGAAAUGAAGAGCGUGCCAGUGACGGAGGGAGAUCCUGUUGCUCUUCGUGUUCCUCAACUUUACGGAGAUGAGCUGAUAGUGUGGAGGUUUGGAGAUGAAGGAAAACUCAUAGCUAAACAUGAUAUAGAGGCCAAGAGCUCGUCAUUUUAUGAUGAAACUGAUGAGAGAUUCAGAAACAGACUGGAGCUGGAUCCUCAGACUGGAUCUCUGAUCAUCACAAACACCAGAACCACAGACUCUGGACUCUAUAUAGUGAAAAUCAGCAGCAACAAACAAACCUCAUACCAGAAAUACUUUGUUACCAUCAGUGUUCCAGGUCUGUCUCCGGCUGCUGUAGCAGGGAUUGUUGUUGUGCUGCUGGUAAUAGCUGCAGCUGCAGCAGCUGCUGGUGUUUUAUUUUAUCGGCGCAGGACCUCUGAACUAAAACAUCAAAAGUCGAAGAUCUCUGAAUGCCAUAACGAAACAUCGGAGAUCUCUGAAAAACUAAAGCGAAUGUCCGAGAUCUCUGAAGAACUAAAGCAAAUGACGGAGGACUGUGAAAAAGAAUUGCCUGAGAUAUCUGAACAUCAUCAAACAUUGAAGAUCUCUGAACGACUAAAGCAAAUGUUGAAGAUCUCUGAACAACUGAAGCAAAUGUCGAAGGAGUGUGAAAAAGAAUUGCGCAAGAUCUGUGAACGACUGAAGCAAAUGUCUUUGACAAAUAAAGAGGAGAUCUCUGAACAAGAAAUAUGUGCUGAUGCCACAAAAGAAGAGAUGAAGAAAGGUGAAAGGGAACGGCGCAUUGUUGUUAAAGACACUGCCAUAAGUCAGGCGACUGGUGGGCCACGUGGUGCUGAUGGGAGAGUCCUAGACAUGCAUGGCAAGAGCCUUGUAGUACGUAACACUAGUACUGAACAUACUGGAGUUCAUGGUGAGUAGUUGUUUUUUAAUUUAAUAUUUUAAUGUAACAAGGGUUUGUUCAUUCAAUAGUAUUCAUGGGUAGCACUUGGUGCUCCCGCAAAAGUGAUAUAAUGUGACGAAAUAAGAGAUGAAGGUUAUGAAAGUUACUACCAGGUCAAAACAGCCUGUUUUUCCACAUAAAUCCGAUUACACUGAAAUGAAAUCUUCCAUGCCGUUGAGUGGAAAGUGGGUUUUAAGUCCUACCAUCCUCUUAACCCUAAAGUAUACUUCAGCUUUUUAUGCGUAUGCUAGCGUACAGUCGAAUGCAUAGACUUUCAAAGUAUACUCCAUUUGAUAGCAUGCACGAAUGCAGGUGGUCAACACAUGCGCUCUAGAGAGCUUCAUCUAUAGCCAGCAUCUGCUCUGUUUCUCCAGUAGUUAUGACCGCUAAAAAUGUCUUUGUACUCUUUUAAACUAAAGUUGCGGCUCUCUCAUAACCCCCUCACACAAGCACUUGUCAAUGCGGCCAUCUGUUGUUGUUGCAGUCUCCAUUAUUAAAAAAACGGAAUCCAGAAAAAUAUCAAAAAGAAAAAACGAUAUUAAAAAAAAAAAAAAUUUCAUAAGGCCCUACAUUCAGUACAUGCAUACUAUUAUAGUGAUGAAAUUUAUGUCACUCGCACUGUACAUGUAAAAACCAAGCGACAACCUCCCACUCUCUCUCUGAAGCCAACAAGGAAGUGACUUAAACUGUAAUUCGUCAACUGGCCACU